GCAGUUAGAUACGUGAGACCAGUUGGUUUCUAUGCUCGGGAGCCUCAACAGUUAUCGUUCAGUAACUCUUGCGGAGCAUUCGCUUUCUCGAGAGCCGCUGUCGUGAACCUUGUGACAGGAUUCACCGCCUGAAAAAUAUCACAGAAAACUCUUAGAAACACUCUACGCCGCUUCUGCACCGAUUCAGACCAUCUCCGAGAUGGCAAACUUAAAGGAGGCUCUAGGCGCAAACGAGCUUACCGAUAAAAAAUCUGGCCUGUACCGGGCACUAGUUGCAGAGUUUCUUGGUACAUUGCUAUUGAAUUUCUUUGGCUGUGGAUCUGUUAUCACGGGCAACGUCGUGGCCAUAAGUUUGGCUUUUGGCCUGGCUGUGGCCUCAGCGAUUCAAGGAAUAGGGCAUGUCUCUGGCGGUCAUGUUAAUCCCGCUGUCACGUUCGGGUUGAUGGUGAUUGGCAAGGUGCCAGUUAUUAGAGGCUUGUUAUACGUAAUUCUUCAAUGUAUAGGUGCAAUAGCAGGAUCUGGUAUACUAAGAGCAUUAUCCGCCGAAAGGAUGGAGCACGCCUUGGGCGUAGUAUCUCUUUCGCCAGGCGUUACUCCCGUUCAGGGUUUCGGUAUAGAGUUUUUCCUCGCGUUCAUACUGGUUCUGGUUGUGUGCGGCGCAUGCGAUGCAGCAAAACCAGACAGCAAGGGGAUUGCGCCUCUUGUAAUUGGACUCUCAGUUUCUGUCGGCCAUCUCAUCGGCGUGCCAAGAACUGGCGCAGGUAUGAAUCCAGCUCGAUCGUUCGGUAGCGCCGUUGUGAUGGGUUUAUUCGACGAUCACUGGCUAUACUGGGUUGGCCCGAUCCUUGGCGGGAUGGCAGCUGGAUUGAUCUACGCGUUCGUGAUCGGACCUGCGAAAGAAUCGCAGGAAAGUUCCAAUCGAGCGUACACGGUCGCCGCGACCGACGAGAAGGAGAAGUUCGAGUACAUAGACAGCGGACGCGGUGGACUUUAAAAAAAAAAAAAAAAAAGAAAAACAGAUACGCCGACACAAAGAAAGAUUCGAAGACGGGAAUGUCAUAUUUAUUUUGAUACCGUAGGCGUAGGCUAUGAUAAACGAUGAAAUCAAAAUGUUAUUUUUGCAGCUACAGAGUCUUACCAGUAAGAAGAAAGACAAUCCUGCUUAAUGUUCUAAUACUAACUAUCGCAUUUUCAACUACCAAAUCAUUAUUUAUACGUAAUGAUUCAAGUGCGCCAAGAUGAACCUUACGUUAUUAAUAAUAACUUAUUACAGUUAUUUAAUCAAUCAAGUGUAACUAAGGAAAAGUAUUCAAAUAUUUUUGAAGACAAAAAGUAACAUUCAAGUACUAAUAAUAAUAUGGAAAAAUUCAAAUAUUUCGUUUCAAAUUCGUCGCAGUAAUUAACACAUAUGCAUGAUGAUUUUAAUUUAUCGAAUAUGCAUUUGUUCGCCUAUAUAUUAAAUAUAUAAACUUUGUCUAUAUAACUCGAUUCUUUAUAAUAGACGAAUGUCUUACUGAAUGCAACUAUUAUAAGCCAAAGAUUGAUUCUGCCGAACUGAAAUCUUACAAUGUCUAUAUUUUUUGCUAUAUUUUUUUAAAUACAACGAAUUUAUUGCAAAUCAUUUAUAAAACAUUUGUAUUAUCUAUAAAUUACCAUAUACAUCAAAUUCAAUAUAGAAAAUUAUAUUUGACGACUACCGACAUAAGCUAAUUCAUAUUAGCUUUUCAUUUUGCAAUUUUCUAAGUAAAAUUCUGGAAACUAAAAAA